UUCGAUAGAAUCCCAUCCCUCCCGCAACUACAGCAGCGCUGCCGGUUCGAUUCCACCGCUCUCCAAGCAACCUAACCCCUCCCGCGCGUCCACUUUCUCGAAGAAAGUCAACACAAAACAAGCAACCCCGACGAGCAUCAACAUCAACAGGGCCAACAUGCGCUCUUCCUCCUUUCUCGCCCUGCUCGGGGCCGCCCUGGCCGUGGCAUCCCCCGUCCACAUGAACCUCCACAAGAAGGCCAUUGCCUGGGACAUCGUCACCGAUAUUGUCACCGUCACCGUCACCGAGGGCGCCCAGGGCAGCAGUACCCCGUCCGGGACACCCACCACCGUCGUUGUCAAGCACACUGUCUAUGCGAAUCCCAUCGAGGACUCCGCCGCCAAGGCCGUAGCCAUUCCAUCCUCAACCUGGUCCUCAUCCUCGGUCUCCAUCUUGACCUCGACCUCGACCUCGACCUCGAUCUCGACGUCCACCUCUGCACCACCCCCACCUCCACCUGCACCCCCCGCGCCGACCUCGACAAGCGCCGCUCCCGCUACGAUCGAGGCUCCAGCCGUGGUGGAAACUAAAGAGGCCGCACCAGUUGCUCCCAGUAAGCCCGUUGUAGCCGAAGCCGUCAACUCUCCUGCCGCCAAUUCUCCCGCAGUCAGUUCCCCUUCCGUUGCGGCUGCUCCUGCGCCCUCUCCUACGGACUACUCCUCGGCCGCUGUCCACUACCACAACCAACACCGUUCGAACCACUCGGCCCCCGCUAUAGCCUGGAACCAGACGCUUGCUGAUUGGGCUGCCAACACCGCUUCGACCUGUGUCUUCAAGCACGAUAUGACCCAGGGUACGGGCAACUAUGGCCAGAACAUUGAUGCGACGGGUUCAUCCAAUCCAAUUGGUGACUGGGAUACCGCUACAGUCGUCGCGAACUCCAUCGUCAAUGACUGGUAUUAUGGCGAGUACUUGAACUUCGUCCCCUACUACAACAACCCCAGCCCCCCGGAUUCCUCAUCGACACCAGAGUAUCUCCACUUCACGCAGCUUGUGUGGAAGGAGAGUCAGACUGUUGGCUGCGCAUCCCACUACUGCCCCCAGAACUCAGUCCUUUCGGGCGACUUUUAUGGGUGGUACACGGUCUGCAACUACUUCCCCGUAGGCAAGUCAUCCCCGCUCCAGUCAGAGGCCUUUCCCCCUAACCAAGAUCACAGGCAACAUGGAAGGGAUCUUCAAUACUCAGGUGACCCCACCUAUUGGAAACAUCGCCGACACCGUCAAGGUCUCUCUCCCAGUACUCUUCCUGUAUGAACGACAUUAGCAGGCAUCUAUCGCUAUCACCCAUUACUUAGACACAACCUAUCAAAUCCUGCUCGCUGCGCAUGUUGGACCACA